AAGCCUUUAGUAUUGAAGCAAACAAGCAAAAGCAGAGAUGAAUGUCGACUCAAAAUGGAGACGAUUCCUCCUCCUCCAAAUCAUCAUCAGAUCCUAUUUCCACACAAACCAAGCAGAAGCCAACCGAUCCUGAUUUCAUCAAUUUAAAAAAAGCAUUUGAUUCUGUGUUAAAAGAAGUCGAGAGUUGUUAUGUUAAUUGGGAAGUUGUAAAUUUACUUGAUCGGUUACAUGGUCAUGUACAGAGAGAUGAAACAAUUUUUCAUUUAGCCUUGAGGCAAAACCACACACGAGAUCUGGAAGAGGUAGUUAACAAUAAAUAUACGGAGCCACAAUACCUGGAAAUACGAAACAAUGAUGGGAACCCAGCAUUUCACGUGGCCGCAAUGACUGGGAAAUGGGAAUUUAUGAGAAUUAUGAUGAACAAGAAUCCAAAUUUGCCACUCAUCCCUGGGCAAGAUGAGAUGCUUCCAAUUCACUUGGCUGUUUUAGGUAGUCAUCGCCAAAUUGUGAACAACCUGUACACUUCUGAUCUACUCGAGAAAAUGAGUAACAAGGAUAUCGGACAACUCUUUUUCAUGGCCUUUAAAAACAACAUGUAUGAUGUGGCUUACAACUUAACUCACAUGCAUAAUACGAAACUAAUAGUGCAAAGAGAUGAUGAUGAGUUAACAGCUUUGCAUAUGCUGGCACGAAAACCGCCUUCAGAAAAGAACAAAUAUCUUCAACAGAGAAUGAUUUUGAAUUUACGGGGCAGAUUUCAUUUUUGGUUUGAAUACAAAGAGAAAUUAAAGUUGAGAACUGAACCUUCAGUUGUAGUGUUUGAUGCAAUAAAAUCAGGAAACAUUCAUUUUUUGGAAGUGUUUCUUUCCAUGUGCGGUCAUCCUGAUUAUAACUCGGAAACUAAACUAUGGGAGUUAAAGGACCCUUAUAAUGGACAGAAUAUACUGCACAUUGCUGUUUGGUAUCGACAAAAAAGUAUAAUGAACUUCAUACUUGACUCAUGGGAGUCAAAACAUACAAAACAUAUUGUAAUACAAGGAGUGGAUAAAGAUAGUAACAAUGUUCUACAUUUUGCUGCACGUCCACCACGAGAAACAUCGGCUAGUCUGAGACCAGACAUUCAAAUGAAAAGAGAGCUCGAGUGGUUUGAGGAAGUGAAGAAGAGAGUUCCUCCUGAAUUAAAUACAAUGAAAAACAAAGACGGCAAGACACCAAUGGAUAUGCUUCAUGCUCAUCAUACAAAUUUAUCAAGUGAAAUUAAAGACACUGCUAAAAAAGUAGCCGAAUCUGGUAUGGUUCACUACCACAAAAAAGGGGUUGGGUAG